AUGUCGUACAAUCUCUCCUCGCUCACUCCUUCGCGUCCGGCCCCAACUCCCCCGUCCCGGUCCGGCUCGGGCAAUAACACUCCCAGCGCAAACAACACCCCACCCGGACCCGGCUCAACAGGUGGUAAAUCCAACUUUUCCAGCUCGGCGUACGCGUCUUCAUUCCCCAUUAUGAACUCGGCGUCGGCGCUAUCGCCCGCGCGGACCGUCAGUCGGAACACCGUCGUCCGGACUGGACAGGCGAGCAUGAAGGAGGAGGGAUUGCGGAGUUUCUUGUGGUCCAAGAAGUGGUUGGUCCUAGGCGGGAACGAGCUGCAGGUGUUUAAGAAUGAACAAGCAUCCUCUCCGCAACAUCUGGUCGACCUCGAGCAGGUCAAGGAUAUUCAACGCGUCGAUCUCAAGCCAUUCUGCCUGGAAGUCGAGGGCAAGGACAAGCUCUACUACUUUGCGUUCCGCACAGACGAGGAGGUCUAUGCGUGGAUGGAGGACCUGUACUCGCGAUCCCCGUUGAUGGGGGUCAGUCAGCCUACCAACUUUGUACAUCAAGUACAUGUUGGCUUUGACCCAAUCUCAGGAGGAUUCACCGGUCUCCCACCACAAUGGUCCAAACUCCUCACUAGCUCGGCCAUUACCAAGGAAGAAGCGGCGCGAAACCCCGAGGGCGUCCUCGAUGCGCUCAAGUUCUACACGCACCAAAUGAACGGCAACACCUCGGAACAAAAGCCAGCAUCUAUACCUACACUACCCGCUCCGAGCAGGACGACCAGCGCGGCGGCGAUGCGGUUCGAGGGCACAGCGGGAGAUGGAUCGCGAAAGAGAAAGAGAGGAGGAGCAAAGGCAGAGGAGCAACUCGCAGAAUCAUGCCCAGGGCAGCUCGAGUCGUCACGUCCAACGGCCAAGCGAAUCAAGAGAGCACCUGCUCCUCCUCGCGCACCUGCCCCCAAACCCGUCGAGGCUCAACCCAAACCCGCCCCACGCCCUCCACCAGAACCCAAAGCUCCGGCACCCUCAGCAGCCAGCACUGCCCGUCCAGAACGGCGUAUCAGCAGCAUGAAUGAGGCCCAGAUCAUGGAGAAGCUACGCUCGGUGGUUUCAGAUGUCGACCCGUCCACGCUGUAUUCGAAGAUCAAGAAAGUCGGACAAGGUGCAUCCGGACUCGUCUUUGUCGCCAAGACCCUCGCUACCGGCAAAAAGGUCGCCAUUAAGCAGAUGGACCUGGCGCAACAGCCCCGCAAAGAGCUCAUCGUCAACGAAAUCAUCGUCAUGCGCGAAAGCCAACAUCCAAACGUCGUCAAUUUCCUCGAUUCUUUCCUGGUCCGCAGCUCGGAGCUCUGGGUGGUGAUGGAGUAUAUGGAGGGAGGGGCGUUGACGGAUGUGAUUGAGAACAACAAGUUGGAGGAGGAUCAGAUUGCUGCUAUCUGCUUGGAGACAUGUCGGGGUUUACAACAUCUUCAUUCCAGAUCGAUCAUCCACCGAGAUAUCAAGUCUGACAAUAUCCUCAUGAACUCGACUGGAGAGGUCAAGAUCACCGACUUUGGCUUCUGCGCCAAGCUCACCGACCAAAAGUCAAAACGAGCCACCAUGGUCGGUACCCCGUACUGGAUGGCUCCCGAGGUCGUCAAGCAAAAGGAGUACGGCGCCAAGGUCGACAUCUGGUCCCUCGGCAUCAUGGCCAUCGAGAUGAUUGAGAAUGAACCACCCUACCUCGACGAGGAGCCGCUCAAGGCGCUCUACCUCAUCGCUACCAACGGGACGCCUACGCUCAAGACGCCCGAAAAGCUCAGUCAGGAUCUGAAGCACUUUUUGUCGGUGUGCUUGUGUGUGGAUGUCAGCUUUAGGGCGACUUCCACGGAACUUCUAAAGCACGAUUUCCUCACGCUUGCCUGUGCGAUACGGCAACUCUCGCCGUUGUUAGACUUCAAACAGAAUAGCUAG